UACAUUAAGGAUUUUUUUACCAUGGGGAUGCUGUGUAACCAGGUUCCUGGAGGUGCACAACUUGCAACCAGAUGCGUUCACAGCUGCCAUGCUUCGUGAGGUGGAUGCGCUGGAGGAGCCCAAGCCUGGAGCUGUGGCACGUGUGCUGCAGCCCUUGCUGCAGGCACAUGCCUGCCCCACACUGCGUUUCUGCUCUGCUCCAACUGGGACCCUACAAAAUGCGGGGCUGGAGCGCAUUAAGCAGACGCGGGCUGUCCUGUAUGAGCCUGCUGGAGAAACUGACCUGCCACAGAAGUUCACGGCUGGCCUUGUGCUGGCAAUCACCUUGGAUGCCGAGAUAGAGAGCGUUCAAGACAUCAGGAAUGUUCGUGUAAAGGUGAGUGGACAAGAACGAAGCUGUGGAAAUACCUAG